UUAGAGCUCGCUGUGCUGUUUUAUAGGCCAAUGGGUGUCGAAGCCGUGCUAUAGCACAUGUAACGUCUUUGCAUUAGUUUUUGGGAAGUUCGUAUAUAAAGAACUGCCGAUUAUUUGCAACGGACGCCAUUCUAUUCCUGACAUCACAAUGUAUCGUCUGCCAUCAAGCUUACGCAACAUCGCCGCUCGCCAGGCAAACCAAGUAGCUCAAGUACAAAGAUGCAUGUACGCCAAGGAUGUCAGGUUCGGCCCAGAAGUCCGUGCCCUCAUGCUCCAGGGUGUCAACGUUCUCGCCGAUGCCGUUUCCGUCACAAUGGGACCAAAAGGCCGCAACGUCAUCAUUGAGCAAUCUUGGGGAUCACCGAAGAUCACCAAGGACGGUGUCACCGUAGCCAAGGGUAUUGAACUGAAAGACAAGUUCCAAAACAUUGGUGCUCGCUUGGUUCAGGAUGUCGCCAACAACACCAACGAAGAAGCCGGUGAUGGUACCACCACUGCCACCGUCUUGGCUCGUUCCAUUGCCAAGGAAGGUUUCGAAAACUUGGGCAAAGGUGCCAACCCAGUUGAAAUUCGCAAGGGUAUCAUGUUGGCCGUCGAGAAGAUCACUGGUACUUUAAAGGAUCUUUCCAAACCAGUCACUACCCCUGAGGAAGUCGCCCAAGUAGCUACCAUUUCCGCCAAUGGAGAUGCCGCUAUUGGUCAACUGAUCGCUGAUGCCAUGAAGAGGGUCGGCAAAGAAGGCGUUAUUACCGUCAAGGAUGGUAAAACUUUGAACGACGAAUUGGAAGUCAUCGAAGGCAUGAAAUUCGAUCGUGGAUACAUUUCCCCAUAUUUCGUCAACAGCACCAAAGGCGCUAAAGUCGAAUACCAAGAUGCUCUCGUUCUCCUGAGUGAGAAGAAAAUCUCUUCCGUUCAAAGCAUCGUCCCAGCUCUCGAAUUGGCUAAUGCCCAACGUAAACCACUCAUCAUCAUCGCCGAAGAUGUUGAUGGUGAAGCAUUGACCACUUUGGUUGUAAACAGACUGCGUAUUGGUCUCCAAGUAGCCGCUGUUAAGGCUCCAGGUUUUGGUGAUAACCGCAAAGCCACUUUGACCGAUAUGGCUAUUUCCACCGGAGGUAUUGUUUUCGGUGAUGACGCCAACAUCGUCAAGCUCGAAGACAUCAAGCUCACCGACUUGGGACAAGUUGGCGAAAUCGUCAUUACCAAGGAUGACACUUUGAUCCUUAAGGGCAAGGGAACCAAGGAAGACGUUGACCGUCGCGCCGAUGAACUCCGUGACCAAAUCGACAACACCACAUCUGAAUACGAAAAGGAAAAAUUGCAAGAACGCUUAGCGCGUUUGGCUUCAGGUGUUGCCGUCUUGAAGGUCGGAGGCAGCAGCGAAGUUGAAAUGAACGAAAAGAAAGACAGAGUCAACGACGCUUUAAAUGCAACCAGGGCCGCCGUUGAAGAAGGUAUUGUUCCCGGAGGUGGUACCGCCCUCAUCAGGUGCAUCAAGAGCUUGGAAUCUGUCAAACCAGGAAACAAUGAUCAAGCCACUGGUAUUGAAAUUGUAAGGAAGUCAUUGAGGAUGCCAUGCAUGACUAUUGCCAAGAAUGCUGGAGUUGAUGGUGCACAAGUUGUUGCUAAAGUAGAAGCCCAUGAUGGUGACUACGGAUACGACGCGUUGAACAAUGAAUUUGUAAACAUGGUUGAAAGGGGAAUCAUUGAUCCCACCAAGGUUGUCCGCACCGCCAUCACCGAUGCUUCUGGUGUCGCCUCUCUCUUGACAACGGCGGAAGCUGUUAUCACUGAAAUUCCAAAGGAAGAACCUCCAAUGCCUGCUGGUGGUGGUAUGGGAGGCAUGGGCGGUAUGGGAGGAAUGGGUGGAAUGGGCGGCAUGAUGUAAAGUGAACAAUGAACUAUGUAACAAAGUGACUGCGAUAAUCAUUCUUUAACAUUCGUCGAGAUCUCUCGUCUCGUCAUCCUGGUGUUAUCAGUGUGUUCAAAGCCGGUUUAAUUCCAGUGGCGCAAAAAUAUUUUUUUUCAAACGACCACCAUUGGUAUAAAAAAUUGUAGACUUUGUGUAUUAAUAUGAGACUGACGCGACGCAAACUUCCUUUAUAUAGCGUCGGUGCGUCUCUUCAUUUCAUAAUUAUAUUUUGUGAGCAUGAAUGUUGUCUGGUAUAAUUCGUAUUAAGAUUUUUACUGAUUUGAUACGAAUUUUGUGCGGGUGAGGUUAAUUGCAUUUUAUAAACGCAUUUAAAACAAACAAAAUAUUGAAACUGAUCUGAUGGAUGGUUUAUUACUGCUAUUAUAAAUUCAGUGUGUACAAACAUCAUUAAAGAAAAAAGUCCAAAUUGGAAAUUGUAAAAUGUACAGAU